AUGAUCGUCAACGUUCUCACAGCUAACGCGGUUGACCUGCAGCAGCUACUCGAAGAGAAAAAGACCACGAGUGCUCAUAUCGUGGAAGAAUACUUGGCACAGAUCCAUCGCUAUGAGUCUACCCUCCAUGCACUUAUUUCGCCUGCCCCGCGGGACCAGGUCCUCGAGAUCGCCAAGGCUCGGGAUGAGGAGCGCCAGAAAGGGCAAAUCCGGGGCCCAUUUCAUGGAAUUCCCAUAAUUUUGAAAGACAGCUUUGUCACAGCGUCGGAGCUGGGCAUGAGCACCACAGCUGGAUCAUAUGCAUUCAUUGGAGCCAAGGCGUCAAAGAACGGAGCUAUCACUCAGCGGCUGAUUGACGCUGGCAUGGUUAUCUUGGGAAAGGCUAAUAUGACUGAAUUCGCUGGCAUGAAAAUGACUAUGAUGAUGCCCGGUUGGUCUGCUCACGGCGGUCAGACUCUGUCGCCGUAUGUGGGAAAGAUAGAGGAUAAUGAGAAGAUACUUGGCCACUCGGCUCCUGGGGGCUCAUCCACUGGUUCUGCGGUUGCUGUAGCCGCCGGAUUUAGCCCUCUUGCCAUGGCCACUGAGACCAUAGGUUCUAUCGUGACCCCGUCAACACGGGCCGGUCUUUAUGCACUCAAGCCUACUACCGGGGCCCAGGAUACUACUGGGCUAUACACCAUGACGGAAUUCUUCGACAGUCCGGGCCCUAUGGCAAAGUCAGCAGCUGAUGUUCGCGUUCUUUCCGAAAUUCUACUCGGUCGCCUGUUUACUUCCCCCAAAUUGGGUUCCUGGGAAGGUCUUUCGGUGGGCUUCCUGGACCCAAAUAUUUGGAGCUUAUCAGUAGACCUUUGUACGCAAUUUGAGGGGACAGCAGAGCAAAUGGUAGACGAGUACGAAGGGACAGUUUCCGCUCUACGAAGCGGAGGCUGUACUCUGAAAUACCCAAUCCAUUGCAAGGAUCCCUCAGUUUUACCGACUACUAUAUUGCCGAUCGCAUAUUGGGAUUUUAGGAAUCUCUGCAUCCCUAGAUUUAUUCGCUCUUUUCACGAGUGCUCUGUAACAAGCGUUGCAGAUAUCAUCGAGUUCAAUGAAAAGAACAGCGACAAAGCCCUUCCAGCUCCAUUCGUCGAGCAGAAUGAUCUACAAGGGGCAAUGGCCGCCACUGAAGAAAAGGAACAAAUAGAUGAACUGAAACAGAGCCUUCGCAGGGCCGCGAGAGCUAUUCUGGAUGACCUAUUUGACAAGGAAAAAAUCAAUAUUCUGGCAGCUCCGGGAGACUCCCCGUUAUGUGUUCAUGCUUCUGCUGCAGGGUAUCCUGUCGCCACAGUUCCAAUAGGACAACUUCGUUAUAAUGGCCGGCCGUUCGGUCUAUGUCUAGUGGCCAGAGCGGACGAGGAGGAGACACUAUUGCGGUUCAUGGCAGUGUACGAAAAGGUUGCUAAACCUCGUCCCGUUCCAAAAUUUUGA